AUGCCCGAAGACACUCCGUCGUCGUCGUCGUCGUCGAUGGUGAACAAUUCACGGCCGAAAGCGCCGAAAUCAUCGCAAACGUCUGGCGUAGUGCGUGGUAGAACGUCCCCAGCACCUGGCUCUGGUGCAGAUUCUUCAUCGGCCGAUGCUCGUCCUCAAAAGCGCGCCAGAAAGGCCAUAAACUGCGAACCCUGUAGAAACAGCAAGCUAAAAUGUGAUAGAAAUCGGCCUUGUUCAUCCUGUGUUCUUCGCGGUCAGUCUUGUCGGUAUUAUCUUGCGGAUUUUUACCCUUCUGAAGAGAGAACAUCGCACAUUUAG